AUGCACCCUACUCUUGGAGAAGCCGCAAUGGCCGACGACUAUCACAUGCUGGAAGAGCUGGGCAGUGGCAGUUUUGGUGUCGUAUACAAGGCCGUCGAGAAGGCCACUGGCGAUCUGGUCGCCAUCAAACACGUAUCGACGCCCCUGCCCCUAUACACUCCCUCGCACUGGCUGACCACAUUCCCACAGAUUGACCUCGAAGGCAGCGACGACGACAUCCAAGAGAUCCAACAAGAGAUCUCUCUGCUAAGCACAUGCUUGAGCGAACACGUAACACGAUACAAGGCCAGCUUUGUGCGCGGCACCAAACUAUGGAUUGUCAUGGAAUACCUCGGUGGAGGCUCGUGUUUGGAUUUGGUAUGUCAACACGAUUCUAUACAAGACUCGAAACCCUUUCUGACACGCCCAGNNCUCAAAUCCGGCCCCAUCAACGAGGCUCAGAUCGCCAUAAUCAUGCGCGAAUUGCUGCUUGGCCUUGACUACCUGCACAAUACUGGCAAAAUCCACAGAGAUAUCAAGGCUGCUAAUAUUCUCCUGUCUAGUUCGGGCAGAGUCAAGAUUGCCGACUUUGGAGUCGCCGCCCAACUGACCAACAUCCAGUCGCAGCGUCUGACCUUUGUCGGCACUCCAUUCUGGAUGGCCCCCGAGGUUAUCCAGGAAUCAGGCUACGACUUCAAAGCAGAUAUCUGGAGUCUAGGCAUCACCGCCAUGGAACUUGCCAAUGGCGAACCCNCUCACAGUCAGGUUCAUCCCAUGAAGGUCUUGUUCUUGAUCCCCAAAGAAAGAGCCCCGAGACUAGAAGGCGGCACCUGGUCCAAGGAAUUCCGUGAAUUCGUUGCCCUCUGCCUGAACAAGGAUGCCGACACGCGACCUACCGCCAAGACUCUUCUCAAGCACAAAUUCAUCCAGCGCGCCGGAAGAGUUGAUUCUCUCAAGAUGCUGGUUGACAGGGCCCGCAAUCGCAUCGCCAACGACAAGAAGGAUCGUCUCAGAUACUACGAACAGACCUUGCACGAGCUUCACGCGCCAACCGAAGAGGAUGAUUGGGUCUUUGACACCGUCAGACCAGCAAACUACCACUCUCAAACCGUCAAGCAACGCGACCCAGCGCACGUGAUUGCUUNNUGGGACAGCGAGGCCGAAGAUGCCUUCGCCGCCAUGGAAAACCUCGAUUCUUCACUAGGAGAAUCACCUUCGUACGACCCCGCUGCAACUAUUCGCAACCCAAAGCAAAACUCCAGUUCUCCCUCUCGUCAACUUGAUCUUUCCGCCACAACUCGUAAGGUAUCUGGCUCAACUCCUACUGCACGCCGUGUCAGUAAACAAAGCUCAAGCUCUAACAAUACUACCCGCCGUCAUUCCGUUCAGGCAAAGCAGCCUUUGGGACUCGACAUGUCAUUCGGAAAUGGAGCUUCGACGGUGCGCCAAUUUAAGCGCGUUCCCUCCGGCGGAGCUCGACCCUCGAGUUCUGGCUCUUCGCAAACAGCCGUCGAAGAUUCCGAGAACCAACCCNCUGCUGCUGCUGUCAUGAUGCCGGAUACAAAGGAGGUCAUCCUCGGAAGACGCGCCUAUGUCAAAUGCAUCGAUCCAGCACUACAAGAAUUAUACGCCUCCACAGCUCCUGGACCCAAGCAGACUGCUCUGGCCAGAAUGGCAGAGGCUUGGAACGUCUUGGACGAAACAGAUCCCGAGGGUGAAUUGUUGUUGCUCAAGGCCAUCUUUGAGCGAGUUCAGAGAGACCCCAGACUUGCCGCUCAAAUCGUGCCAGCGUCACAGCUUGCUAGUCUUCGCAGCAGCCCUUCAAUCAAGAAGGUAUCCCUCGUGACCGAGAAGGAGAUCACACCCCCAACCUCCCCGUACAAGUCCGAAAUGGCACCUCAACCCCGCUCAAUGCGUCGCCAGAGCGCCUUUGUGGACAGUGAACGAGAGAAGAUCCUUCGUACUGCCAUCCUGGAAGACAAGAUGCCCGGAAAGGUCGAGACUGGCCUCGAACACAUUGGCAUGCUAGCAGAUGCCCUAUACGGUCGCUGGAGCGAGGGCCUGCGUAUGCGUUGGCCUAAUGCUUAG